GCCACCUUCGGGAGCUGCUUCAAGGCGCCCGCCAUUGGCUCUACCGCCCACCAGCGGUUGUGGGUGUGGUGGGGGUCUGAACGGUGGGAGAGUCGGCGAAGUGUCGCCGGAGGCAAGGGACGAGAGAGAGGCGGACUGAAGCGUCGUGGGCGUAGCGGACGGACCGUCCGCGCACCGAAGGUCCGACAAGGAGCAGUCCCGGAGACGCCGGCGGGAGCGCCAGGGGAGCCCUCGCAGACCCUCUGGGAGCGCCAGCACCUGAACACGAGGCUCCCCAGUGCGCGUGCGCGGCAAGGGUCUUCCCGCACCUGAUCGCGAGACCCUAACGGCCAGCCGCUUGAGGCUUCGCCUGCGCUGCCGGGUGGAGCCCGUCAUGGCGCAGCUGUGUGGGCCAAGGCGGUGCGGGGUGCUCCUCGCCCUGCUGGCCUCGCUGCUCCUUUUCGGGGCUGAGGCGGCCGACGGAGAACGUAGCGUCCACGAAUUCUGUCGAGUUUCGAAGAUAGUGGGAAGAUGCCGGGCCUCCUUCCCUAGGUGGUGGUACAAUGUCACCGAUGGAUCCUGCCAGCAGUUUGUGUAUGGCGGCUGUGAAGGGAAUAACAAUAAUUACUUGACCAAGGAGGAGUGUCUUAAGAAAUGUGCUGGUGUCACAGAGAACACCAUCGAUGAUCUGGCCACCAGCAGGAAUGGAGCAGAUUCCUCUGUCCCAAGUGUUCCCAGAAGGCAGGAUUCUGAUGACCUCGCCAGUGACAUUUUCAACUACGAAGAAUACUGCACUGCCAAAGCAGUCACUGGGCCUUGCCGUGCGUCCUUCCCACGCUGGUACUUUGAUGUGGAGAAGAACUCUUGUGACAACUUCAUCUACGGAGGGUGCCGGGGCAAUAAAAACAGCUAUCUCUCCAAGGAGGAGUGCAUGCACCACUGCUUUGGCAAGCAGUUGUAUCCUGUCCUACCCCAUGGCACUAAAGUGGUGGUCCUGGUGGGGCUGUUUGUGAUGGUCCUGAUUGUCCUGCUGGGGGCCUCCGUGGUCUGCCUGAUCCGGGUGGCACGGAGGAACCAGGAGCGCACCCUCCGCACCGUCUGGAGCUCUGGGGACGACAAGGAGCAGCUGGUGAAGAACACCUACGUCCUGUGAAUGCCCUGCCAGCAAGAAGCCGCCCUUCCUCGGGUGUCCCUGUUGAUGAAGAGAACCUGGGAAGGGAGGGGAGACAAGUGCGGAAUGUGUGUGUGCUUUUUAAAGUAGAGUGAUUGGUUUGUAUUUGUGCGAUCAUUAGGGCUUCGGGUCUGUUUAUUUCUCCAGAAGGUAAGAGGGCUGCUUCCUGGUCUCCCGCCUGGGUCUGCUUCGAAAACCCUCUCAGAGGUGGGUUCUGUCUCACGUUGCAAGUGGUCUGGCCCCAAACCAGAGUCGGCUGCUCUUCAGUUUAGUUCUUUGCCCCAGGUAUUAGUUUUCUUUGCUUACCUUGAAUCCUGUAGUGUCUUUUCCCAUCACAGAAGUAAUGUUUUAAUAGUUUCUUUGUUUUUUGAUUUGUGUGUGUGUGUUUUUUAAGUAAGCAGUAACAAAUUUUUUUUUUAUUAGGCUUCUGAAAGGAAGAGAAUAAAAUGUACAAGCUUAAUAAAAAGGGCCUUCCCUUAAAUUUCA